AUGAAAGGUGGCCUCCGUAUCGCAGGGUUUUGCGUCUUGUGUCUCGUUUUAUUCUCACUAUAUCUACUCGAGGCGCAUCUACAAGACAUUUGCGAUCAAUAUGGCGCCGGCUCAUAUGUGAUUAAUUGGCUAGAUCGCAAUAGCACCGCCCCAAGCCCACACGACAAGAUCAUACCGGGUGAUAAGGUGAUUGUUAUGGCCAAGCUGCAAGAAGAGCCUACCGAAUGGGUAGAAGAAGAGCUUCCUGACUGGCAACGCGCAAUCUACACUGUCAACCCCUCGCCUGAGACACGACUAAACGGCAGCGCUCUUACGACCCCAUUGAACAAGGGCCACGAGUCCAUGGCCUAUUUCACGUAUAUAAUUGAUAACUACGACAAUCUUCCUUCGACCGUCGUCUUUCUCCAUGCCCACCGCGCAGGCUUCCUCAUGGCCUGGCACGUUGAUGCGCCACUUCAUGACAACGUCAUAGCCAUGCGCAAUUUAAAACUUGAUUUCGUCCAGCAGAACGGCUAUGUGAAUCUUCGCUGCAAUUGGAAUCCGGGCUGCAAGAGCGCCCACCGCUUUAAUAGUCAUGUCACUGACGAGAUCUGGGCGGACGUCUUCGACGGCACAAGUACGCCUCCAUUAAAUAUUUCCUCGCCCACGGAUCAGGAGUUUGCGGGUCAGAAUUAUCUUCGCAAGCCUAUCGAGAUUGGCGCCGCAUGCUGCGCGCAAUUCGCUAUCUCGCGAGAUCAAAUUCAGAAGCGUCCGUUGGAUGAUUAUGUCAAGUUCCGGCAAUGGGUUAUUGAUACGGAACUUGGCGACGCUUCGUCGGGGAGGGUUAUGGAGUUCUUGUGGCAUAUCAUUUUUGUUGUCCCGAUGAACAACUAUGUUAUUGUCAAGUCUACGGGCAGUGUUGAAUCCGCGGUUUCGCCUUGA